AUGGCAGAAAAUAUAAAUAAUCCAUAUAACAUUAAUGGGCAAUAUUUUGAUUCGGAUAUGUACUUUCAAAAGUUAUUAAAGGAAUGUACACUAAAACAAAUUAUGGAUCACGAAGCUGAAAUUAUAAGGAAUACUCAAAUCUUACAUUCAGACAUGCAGACUUUGGUAUAUGAGAAUUAUAAUAAAUUUAUAUCUGCUACUGAUACUAUUCGCAAGAUGAAAACAGAUUUUAAGGAAAUGGAGGACAGCAUGGACUUGUUGGCAAAGAAUAUGGACAGUAUCACUUCCUUUUCAGAACAGAUUUCUUCAACCUUGCAUGGAACCAGACAACAAAUUGCCAAACUAUCUUCUGUACAUACUCUAUUAAAGAAACUUCAGUUUCUCUUUAAAUUGCCUGGCAAUCUCAAAGAGAAGAUGAAUGAAGAGAAUUAUGCACAGGCUGUUAAGGAUUAUGUUCAUGCACAAAGAGUACUGAAUCAAUAUGGCAAUAUGCCAUCAUUCCAAGGUAUCCAGAAGGAUUGCGAAGAUAUUUUAGAAGAGCUAAAACACAAAUUAAGACAACAAUUUCAUAAAAAGGAUGCUUCCACUAAGGCUCUAGCAGAGAAUGUAGAUUUGUUACUGCGACUGAAGGAACCAGUCGACUCUUUAUGCACCGAAUUUCUUGUGCAUGCUGAAGGAAGAUUAACAGAAAAAUUAGAAAAGUUAAAAGAUAUGUGUGAGAAUGACAUUAUUGAGUUCAUGGAUAUGGCAAAUUCGGGUUUUCUCAAUGACUUAUGCCUUAUUGUAUCUUCUUAUAAUGAAAUGUUUAUAAAUCGAUCGCUAGAAGAUAACGAUUUGGCCGAUGAUUUUGACAUAAAGGCUAUUAGUCACGUGAGUCAUUUUGUUAUAAGGAAUAUGACGAAAUAUUUUGAUUUGGUGGGCAAAAGAGUGGAAGAUGUAGCAGAUACAGCGAUCUUGGUGAGAGCUCUCGAUCGCUUCCAUCGAAAAUUACAGGCAAUGAAUAUGUUGUGUAAGGACAUGGACUUUGCUAAAAUUAGCACUGAUAUCGUCGUGAGUGCAGGCCGAAAGCAAUGUCGCAGCCAUUUACACUGCCUGAAGCAACAUUUAAGUGAGACUUUAGCCAAAGUGAGACAGACCUUGGCCACCAAAGUCAUGCAGGACAGUGAUGGUAGUCUAGCAGAGCUUCAGGCCAUGCUCAUUAUGCCCACUAUAGAAAAAGUUAAAGGGGUCCUACAGGACUUGUUGGUUUUCUUGCAGCCUGAGUUAUCAUUCAGCUUGAAGACUCAGUUUUUGCAGAGCUUCUGUGUAGAUGAGGUCAGAGAGGGACUCGUUGUGGGCUUCUUGCACCAUCUCACGAUUACGGCCGCUGGAUUCUGCAACGGAUAUGACGUGCCGAAAUUUCCACCUACCCUUCUGCUUCUGCUCAGUAAGAUGUGCAUCGAAUAUAAGGAAAACAACGUGCGAUAUUUGCUCACGACAACAGAUGAGCUUUUUAGCAUCGAGCAGUACACAUCAUCGGAGAACAUCGUCACUACGGAAUCGGAGAUGUGUGACUGCUUUCAGAAAGCGGCGCAGAGUUUGCUAAACCAUUAUGUGCGAAUUCAGGGUUUGACGGUGUCACAAAUGUUGAGGAAAUCUGUGGAGACAAGGGACUGGUUGCACACGAUUGAGCCCAGAAUCGUGAGGGCCGUGAUGAAGAGAGUGGUCGAGGAUGUGACGGCAAUCGAUUCGCAGGUCGCCGCCUUAUACGAUGAUAAUGAAGGUCAAGUUGACAGGAGUAGCGACAGCAGCAGAAAAACACACAGUGUUAGCGUGUCGAGGCAUCACUACAGAUCUAACUGGUCAUCGUACACGCCCAGCCACAUCGAUUCCUCGCUAGUGACGAAUAUCCAUAAACUUUUCUCCGAACGGAUCGAAAUUUUCUCAUCCGUGCAGUUCAACAAGGCGUCUAUUUUGACUGGUAUCAUCAAGAUAAGCCUAAAGACUUUCCUCGAAUGCGUGAGACUGCGAACGUUCAGCAAAUACGGUUUGCAGCAGAUCCAAGUGGACACGCGUUAUCUGCAGGUUUAUCUAUGGAGAUUCGUUACAGAUGAAAAUGUAGUACACUUUCUGUUGGAUGAGAUUUUGAGCAGUGCAGUGCAUCGAUGUCUGGAACCAGUCUUAAUGGAACCUAGUGUGGUUGACAUUAUUUGUGAAGGAGGCUAAAUUAUUAUUAUUAUUAUAUAUAUAUAUAUAUAUAUAUAU